AUGGGCACCGGCAAGAUAAAAUGGUGGUUGGUCAUGCUGACGGUGGCGUUGAUGUUAAUGACAAAAACCGUCGCUUUUAAACAAACGGAUAAUACGACGGGUAAGAGAAUUAUAGGUGUCGACAUAAAGAACCCGCCAUACUUUCCUGUAAUUUCCUGUAAAAAAUGGCGGGUUUUUUAUGUUGGCACCUAAUAGUUUUACAAAUGGUGGGCUAUAUUCAGGCGUACUAGACUUAGGCUUGGAAUUACGGUUCGGUGUAGGCUUAGCAUGCUUAGCUUCUGAGUAGGCUUAGACAUCUUACGCUUUGUGGGCUGAACUUACAAGGCUUUUUAGUUUAAUAGGUACUAUGUACUCUAGAUAUGUCUUCUCAAAACUUACCUCUAAUUCUUUCAGAAGUAUACGAAAUCCGUGUCUACGAAAAUGCACCUCCAGGCACAAAAGCCACUCUAAACGAAGCCUUUGACCGUGUCCUACGUGAUAUGAAGAACUGUUUUGCUCAACUUGAUAGUGACACAGAUUGGAUUGAGUUUGACUCUUCUCUAUUAAUCUUCAUGACAACCAAAGAAGUACCAAGUUCAACGGCUCAAAUGCAAUAUGGUACUCUUCAUCUUAUGUGUGCUUCUAAUAUGAUGAAGUCUAUAACUUUUUCGCUUCAUGUGACGCGUAGGAAUCGUCAUCCGCCAAAGUUUUCGGCCGAUCAUUACAGAUUCUACGCUCCAGUAACACUACGACCGGGCCUUGAAGUUGGUAGAGUGGUUGUUUCUGAUAAUGAUCCGAUUAUCUAUAACUCGCAAUUACAGUUGAGUAUUGUGCCUUCUGAAGCUGAUGCUACAUUAGCAUCGUACUGGCAAAUUCACAAGAAUGGGAGUUUAAACGUGCGGAAGUCAAUGAAAGACGGUUUGAAAUUGUAUCGACCUUAUGAACUUAAGGUGGGUGAUAUGACAUUUUUUUGAUAUAUGUAAUGUUUUUACAUUUAAAAAGACAUUGAUGAAACAUUUAAAUCUAUAAUAUAUUGUGUCUCUUUAAACACUUUCUAAAAAUUUUUUUAUAUUUUAGGUAGUAGCAUUUGAUUACGGAUCCCCUCAACUCUUCUCCAUUUCUAAACUUACCAUAGUACCUGUAUCAGUAUCAGCACCACGAAAUGUUCGUGUUAACAUAGCCAAUGCCGUCUAUCAAAUCUUUGAAUGGGAUCCGCCAGAAUUUGGAAUAGCCGAAAGUAUUAGAAUCGAAAUUCACCGUGGCAACGAUGUGCUACACACAUUUGAAGUUGAUGGUGAAGAAAGUGUGGCAUUAAGUCAGGCUAGCUUCCAAGUUGGACCAGAAUACAGAGUAAUCGUAUCAGCGGUUGAUAGUAAUGGACGUACACCGGGUGAAGCGUACAAGUUCAAUUUGUUGGAAAAUGGUAGGGGUUUUAAUAUAAAAUGACAUUUUCACAAAUUUUUAACAUUUUAUACAAAAAACAGUUAAUUUUUACUUAAAAAUGACAUUUUAUAUCAUAUUAUAUAAAAAAAACAUGUCUUUACUUUACAGAGCUAAUCUGUCGCGGCCGUUGUGCUGAUGGCGGCCGUCCUAUGUGCUACUAUGGCCGAGAACACAAGAUUGUCCAAUUCAAUGACAUCAACGGUCCUCACUGCAUGUGUUACGAUGGCUUUAGUGGUAAUCAAUGUGACAUUGUUGAAAAAUGCACGUCACAGCGGUCAAUCGAAACCUUUGGCAGUGUUGAUUGGCCUUCAACUGCUGUAAAUCAAUCAGCCGCCAUUUUGUGCCCAUACAACUCGGACGGUACCCAACUGGAACGUCAAUGUACUUGGGAUUCGGGCGUAGCACGGUGGGAGAAUGUGUCAUUCAACGAGGUGUGUAAGAAGCAGUCUUCGAUUUUGGUGCACUUGGGAGUACUAGCUAACUAUGUACAACGUCAGGAUCAAACGUCGGCCGGUUUCAAUGCCGUUCAACGGUUUUUGGAUUCAAUUUUAAGAUUUCCGGCAUUCCAGAAUAACAUCACAACGGCACAUUUCGAUGAGAAAAUAGCCGAACAUACUAUACAAGUGCUGGAUAGUAUGUUAGGCAGGAAUUUUGGGGAUAUAUCUGGGAAUGUUACUCAAUCUAGAACACGAUUACAGAACUUUUUGACCAGUUUUGGCAGAAGAUUACCUACACCAUACUCAUUAGAGAGUGUGCAAGGGGGACUUCAGAUGCGAUCUCAACAUUGGAUUGCCGGAGCCGACUCCUUUCCAACAAAGAUGUCAGAUAAAUGUUAUGUUCAUCUACCUAAGGCGGUACGAUCUGCUGUAACAUUGUUUGUUUGUAUGAAGAACAAUACUAUAUACAGUAUACCUGAAGCCGCUACUUCGGCCAACAUUCCCGCUUUACUACUUGAGUCUCAUGAUGAACAAGAUCCACUAAUAAUGCCGACUGAUGGUAAAACAUUGAUAGCAUUACGACCAUCGUUCUUGUCCGCAUAUUAUCCACCAUUGUUCAACUAUACAUGUGCUGUUUAUGAUAAGGAGCAGAAGGGUUGGAGUAUCAAUGGAAUUACCGUACUGUCGAGAAACUUUGAAGAUGGCAUGAUACUGUGUGAAACAACAAAGUUUGGAGUGUUUACUUUACUGCCAGAGCAUUUGUUUUCAUCUCGGACAACUUUUAUGGCCAACUUUAUUAAUAUUCUGCCGAUUGUUACCUGUUUUAUUGCUGUUAUUGUCACUAUGUUUUUGUUGUUGAUCUCGAUUUGUCAAAAGUAAGUUAGGGGUGUUAUUGGAAAUUUAUGUUUUGUAAAGAAAGUUCUUGUCAUUUUAUGUUUUGUAAAGAAAGUUCUUGUCAUUUUAUGUUUUGGAAAGAAAGUUAUUGCCAUUUUAUAUUCUGUAAAAAAAAUUUUUUUAUUUUAGAUGUCAAAAGUACACUUUAGAUAAUAACAAUCAAAUUUCAGAGCCUCGGACCCAGCUCUAUGCGUAUUCCUCUUUAUGGUGCUGGUAGUACACUCGGCACAUCUAUUUGUACUAGUCGCACCUCACUUUUUUAAUAUUCGACAUUUGGAUCAACCCAUAUACUUUGCAUUGCAAUUUUCAAUGUUAUCAAUUGGGGCAUUAAUAGCAUUGAUCAACUCAUCAGUAUAUGCUAAAAUCGUCGAAUUGGAAAAUGACUUUAAGGAAGGAGCACACACUUGUGUUAGGAUUGUGCUCAUUACUCUUUUUGCUAUAUGUAAGUAACCCUGUAUUAACCUUUAUCACUGUACCUUUUUUUAACAUAACUCUUACCACUAUACUCUUUCAUACUCUACUAAGCUUCUAUAAUUUCAGUGAUGCCAGGAAUAUCUUGCUUAUUGGUAUGGAAGUACGAUUCUCUUAUAUUCACUCACGUAGUCACGAAACAACCCAUUCUACAUCCAUUGAGUAUCAGUUUUGCCACCUCAUUCCUAGUACCGUUAAUACUGUAUAUGGGGAUUGCUAUGGGUUAUGGAGCAUAUGCAUUUUACUACGGUGGUAAAAUUGUAAUGGCUACGAGAUUUGUGGAACGAAAAGAGAAUUUGCUACAUGACUUGAGUCACGCUGCUGGUGCAUCAGUCUUGGUUAUGCUGGUUUUCUAUGGGGAUGCUGUGUUGUUUUUUGAAAAAUAUGGGUUUAUGAGGUAGGUACAAGGUUUAAGGCUUAUAAUUUUAUGUAUGUUAUGUUUACUAAGCCUAAGCUUAGUAUGACUAUGCUUACUAAGCCUAUGCUUAUUACGUCACCUAACUAUUUGUUAAAACUGUUUUAGAAACAUAAUUUUCUCCGUUCUCCAACUGAUAUGCACGUUUUUGGUAUUCUUGUUUGUUGGCUACAUUUAUCGUAUUGAAACACGUUUUAAUCGCGCUUCAUCAUUAUUUGGCCAAGGCUCGGACGAUGGCCAUAGUGCUGCGACAGCGUCAACUGGAGUCGGUUAUCGUGGAUCGAAGGAGAAUGAUUUAACCAAAGAUCGGCUUCUGGAUAAUCAAACGGAGAAAAGCUUGAGUUCGGCUUCAUCACCUGGUCAGAAUGGAUACGCGAAGAAUAUGGUUACUGAAUAUGGUCCGGCUGGGUAUAGGUAAGGAUGAAUUUUUAACUUUUUAAGGAAAAUUUUUAUUUUGUAAAGAAAGUUUUUGCAAUUUUGUAAAAAAAAUUUUUUUUAAUUGUGCCUAAUUUACCUAACUGUUUUAAUUUAGAACAUCAGCUUUACUGAAACAAGAACAACUUAAAAGUCGACCGGCUGUGUCAUUUGAGCCCACGUUGCAGGAUUCGCGAGAGAAUUCCUUCGAUGACCUGUCUAGGCGGAGUUCACAACCUCCGCCUCUAGUUAGUAUAGUGUAG